GUUUGCAAGCCUGGCACCAUGGUCCUUGUCGAGAGCAUUGAAGUCAAUGGUAUUCCCUUCACGCAGCAGACUUGUGAGUCCAAUGUGGUUACAAGUGCCACUUCCGAGGUUAGAGACGAGGGCACUGCAUCCCUCACAAAGAGGAACCUCGACUUGCGUGGUGCGCCGUGCACUACUUACUGCAACGAAGGCAUCGGAGGCCCCAACCCAAAUGAUUGCUCAGUCCUCGCGAGCCAAUGGCAAAACGACGGGUCCUUCACCAUCGGCUCCGGCUACACAGCGUGUAGGGUUGACACCUCAGACCAAGACCUCUAUUACUGCUACGACUCGAGUGACUGGGCCGGCGUUGUGAACUAUCUCGCUUGGAACUGUCAAGCAAGCUCCCCGGGCGGCAGCUACAAUGGGGGCAGCUGCCGCUUCUACGACAACGCU